GGCCGCUCAAGAUGGCGACUUGUUCGAUAGGCAAGGUGCGGUUCGUUGUGCUUUUAUUCAUAGUUCUUUCAAAAAUUGACAAUAGAAGUAAUGAUUAACGAUCAAGCACACUGUCCUUCAAUGAUAUCUUAGAGGUAUGGAUAGAGGAUCAGUUACGUCGAAAGACAAUCUUGACGUGAAGGAGACGAUCAAGUGGUUGCUAGUCGUUGAUCCGCGGAUGCCAGGAACAUGACAGUUGUCACUAUGCAGAAAUUGACGGAACAAGGCUGGUAUCUGACGGAGCAGGGUUACGAUGCAGUGAGCGAUUCCGGUAACAUAACCGAUGUACAAAAGAUAAUAAAACGUGCUACCGAUUAUGAUUUACGAGAGAUUAGCAGCGGAGAAGGAGACCUGAAAUCUAGUAAUAUAGUCUUGCAAAUACAAAAGUUACGUAAUGUGGCGGCACCAAAGAAUAAUGAAGAGUCUCGUGCAGCACCACGUAUGCUUAAAUUGUCAUUAACCGAUGGACGGAAUAAUUUCCAAGCUAUAGAAAUAGAACCCAUUUCCUGUUUGAGUCUGAACACACCUCCGGGUACAAAGCUAUUAAUAAAAGCUGGAGAUCUGCCGGCAUUACAUGGUAUUAUAUUAUUGAAAUCUUCCCAUAUAGUUAGCAUUCUAGGAGGAAAAGUUUCUAAUCUUGUAGAAAAAUGGGAAUUGAACAAAAAACUGGCAUUACACUCAAGAGUGAGAUCAAUGGAAGAAGGAGGUCCGCCACCAUGGAUUCCAUUUGGGAAAAAAAUUGUGAAAGUCUCGGAUCAAGACAAAAAUUUUAAAGCGUUAGCUGAAAAGGAGAAGGUGAGUAAGGAAAAUGCAGAAUUUGAGGCACAAAGAAAAGAUGCAAUCGCUGAAGCAGCUAAACAAGGCAGCAAGAAAGUAUUCGGUGGAGGAAACAGGCAGCUGCUAGACCAUGGCGUACAGAGGAUAGUGGAUCAAGGCUUUUCUAUAGAACAGGCUGAGUAUGCAUUGCGAGUAAAUCGAAACAAUGUCGAUAAAGCAUUGAGGUCGUUACAAAGAACCGAUAGUAAACAAAACAGUAAUACACGUGAAACGCGAGAACCAAGGGGUAAAAGGUACGAGAAGAAAGUAGAAGAGGGUACGGGAAAACCAAGUAGUGGAAAAGUUUCAUUGUUUGACUUUCUCGAAAAUAAAUUGCCUGCACAAUUAGAGAUGCAAGAUGACAACUCACAGCGAAGCAGCACAGUUCAAAGUAGGGAUAAAGACAGCAACUGUGAUCAGUACGAAUUAAAAACCACUGAUUACGUACAAGGUCCAAAAGCUGCAAGAAAUCAAAGAGGAAGUCGAAGUUACCAAACAGCGCCAAGGCAUGUAGAAGAGUUUAAGUCCAACAAACGAAUGGAUAGUACAGGUCAUAGUUCAUCGCAGUAUCCACCACAUAGUGUCAGUAACACCUCGCAUUCAAACAAACCACCAAGAUUUCAAAGGAACCAGGAAACCCAUAACUAUUUGCAGCAGGAUGGUGGAUAUAAAACUAGUUAUACUCCCAGAGAUCAUCAGGUUGAACCUGAUUCCCGAAACAAGCAAUAUUAUGAUGCAACUGGCAGGCAUAAUCGUGUGUAUCAUGAUGGAAGUCAAGGUUUAAUUCAUUCGGAGGCGAUUCAUAAAAUUCCCAUAGAUAAAAACCCACAGAUUAAAUAUCAGAAUACACCGGUUGAAGAUAACAAUGACAGUAAAAAGGAAAACACGACAAAUGGAGACCGAAGAGAGAUGAAUUAUAAUGCCAGUCGCUCAGCUAAUAAUUCUGAUGGUAUGCCAUGGAUAUGGCGACCAGGUGACAGAUGCAAGGCUAAAUAUUGGGAAGAUAAUAGAUAUUAUAAUGCUAUCGUGACAGCAGUUUCUGACAGGACGUGUGUGGUACAGUUUCAAAAUUUCCAUAAUUUUGAGGAAGUGUUACAAAUUGAUUGCAUACCUAUAACUGAUGAUGAUCGACAAGGGGGACAGGGGCAUGUGCGAGACUCAAAAAGGCAAGAUCAAAGAUUAGGUAACCGUCAACAGUCACGUUACGAUCAAGGUCACAAUCAUGUAAAUGGUAUGGAGUUUCGAAGAGGUGGAGGUAGCGGAGGAAAUGGAGCUAAGGGGUACAAUAAAAGAAGAGGUCAGCAACGAAGUACUCAACCAAUAUACCAACCACCAGCUCAACGAGGAAAUGGUUCUGCGCAAACGCAUACUCAGAUUAACCCAAUAUAAAUUAACAAAUUAGAAAUAACUUAGCGAAAGAUUUGAGGUUUUGAGGGAAUUCCUCGUAGCUGAUGUCAUAAUUCUAUUGAAGACUGACCUCACCGAAUGCCAUCAACGUAGGACUUGAGCAAGGAAACUUUCACUUCCACGGUUAUCAAGACUCUCAGCAUCCAUUCUUCGCAUUGGGUUAUUCUCAGCCAAUUUUCUUGCAAAGGAGGAGCAUUAACGGAUUAGUAAAGUUUCGCUUCUUGAUUUCAAUUGCAAAAUAAGUAUCGUCUUUUGAAUUUUACUCCAAUUUAUACUCUAACCGCAUUAAACGCGAUUAAUGUCGAGAUGUGACGUCACUUUCGCGUAAUUUAACUAUCGUCAUAGGACAGUCAAUAAUCAUUGCAAUAUUUAAAACUACUGUGUUACCGUAAAAACUACAGCGACUUACAAGUGGAACUGUACAGCAAAGUGCCAAUCUUGAUGUGAGUUCAGCAAGCCGAAAUCUUGCUUUCAUAGGAAAUAUACUUUAUUAACUUCCAGCUCUGCAAGAGAUCUAACACUGUCAACGUUCGUUUAUACGUACAUGAAAACUCUAAAAGUGAAUGUCAUUAAGCGAAUGUACCAGCAAAAUGGAUUGUUCAAUUUCGAAUAAAAUACUCAAUUUUCUAUAAGAA